AUGCCCGCCAGCGAAUCUUACGACUAUAUCAUCAUCGGUGGCGGCCUUGCGGGGUCAGCUCUCGCUGGUCGAUUGGCCGAAUACCACCCCGCACGAUCAAUUCUGAUUGUCGAAGCCGGCUCCAAUGUUGUUGGACAUCCAUUGACAAGCUCCCCUCUCGCCUGCUUCGGGGCUCAUUUAUCUCCACUCGACUGGGCAUAUACCACCGUACCACAGGUUCAUCUCAAUGGUCGGCAAUGCUACGCCGCCGCUGGCAAAGCGCUUGGCGGUGGUACGGCCACGAACUACGGUACCUGGACUCGAGGGAAUGCUGCCGACUAUGAUCUCUGGGCUGAGAUUGUGGGUGAUGAUGGAUGGAGCUAUAAGUCACUUCUGCCGUAUUUCAAGCGCACUGAGACACACUGGGAUAAGAAUGCCGAUUUGUCAGUUCAUGGCCGAUCGGGUCCCAUACACAAUGCGACAGUUGCUUCCAGCAGUCCUGAUCGGAUAUAUCCACUUCGCGAUACUAUGCGAGAGGCCUGGGCUAGACUAGGGGUUAACACCACUUCUGAUGGGAAUGAUGGAUCCCCCUUGGGUCUGGCUGAACUCACAGAGAACUGGCGCGAUGGGCAACGUCAGCUCGCGAGUGAAGCAUAUGGAAUCACCAAGAAGUCUAAUAUCACGAUCAAAACCGAGACACUGGUGAAACGUGUGUUUUUGUCCGAGGGAAAUGGUACCAAGGUUGCAACUGGGAUCGAGCUUCUAGAUGGAACGAUCUUGAAAGCAUCUCGCGAAGUGGUGGUCUCCGCUGGUGCCUACCGCACACCUCAAGUACUAAUGCUAUCCGGCAUCGGCCCCAGCGACGAGCUGGCCAGACACGGUAUCCCCGUGCAAGUAAAUGCACCAGAAGUAGGCCGCAACUUCCACGACCACUUCUCUUUUAACCAGUGGUGGAAGCUCCGUCACCCUGAAAAGGGUUUGUCGAUCGGAACCCCACUCUGGAACAGUCCAGCAUAUGGCCUCGGGCUUCCAGGUAGCUGGGUUGCCACUGUACAGACACCACGCAACGAACUGGAACGCGCAUUGCAAGUAGACGGCGUCCCUAACCACCCGUAUCUCGCUCCAGAGUUUGCCCACGUCGAGACUCUGGUUGUGUAUGCCCCUGCCGGUGCAGCUGUAGCGGGUGUGGACGUUCCCAUGGAUGGAACAUAUAUCGCAUCCGCCGUGCUCGGAAUAGUCCCCACCUCCCGAGGAAGUAUCACGCUUUCUUCAGCAGAUCCCAGUGCCGCGCCGUUGGUUGAUCCAAAUUACUAUGCGACGGAGGUUGAUCGGGCGGCAUUGCGGGCGGGUGUUCGACAGGUCACCCAUUUACUCAGGGAUACGCCCGAGGGUCGGGAGAUUGUUGUUGAAGAGACUCCUCGUCCUGGACUGGGACCUUUAAGUGCAUCAUCGACAGAUGCAGAGCUUGAUGAGGCGAUUAAGCUUGGGGGUGCGACGUUCUACCAUCCGGCUGGGUCAGCGGCCAUGGGGAAGGUGGUUGACACCCAGCUGCGAGUUCAUGGAGUUGAGGCUCUGCGUGUGGUGGAUGCAAGUGUGUUGCCGUUGUCCUUGGCGGGUCAUUACCAGGCUGUAGUGUAUGCAAUUGCUGAGAAGGCAGCUGAUAUCAUAUCAACGUAA